GAAAGACAAACACACGUAGGCGAGGUUGGUGUGUGACGCGUGACUGAGAGGGCGAGGCUUCAAACUGGUCUCCAAAGCAAACUCCAACCUGUUCUCAGAGGAUUCUCUGCCAUCCUGUGUGCAACACUUCCUCAACCACCACCAUGCCUGAGACUGCAGAGUCCCACGCCUUCUCCCUCUCCACCAACCGCAACUGCACCGUUGAGAUCACUAAUGUCAGCAGCGCUUACUGUCUCAUCAACCCAAAGGUCCACAUGGAGAGCGGUUUCCCCUACAGCCCUCCCCAGCCCACUGUGCGCACCACCAGGUCCGAGGUGUGCUCUUUCACCAAGGACGACAACACAGCGUCGGGCGCUGUAGGCGUCCUGACCUACGAGCUGUUCUCCAUGCACCAGCGCCACUGCAACGAGCUGGUGGCCGUCAUGUUCUCCGUACCGUUCGACUACAACUUCUACAAGAACUGGCUGGGCGUAGGGAUCUUCGAGCACACACGUGCAUGUGAUGACAAGCUGUUUGACUUAAUGUACAACAAGAAAGAUUUCACCAACUUUGUGCGGCACGAGGCCGAUGGUUCGGGGGUGGUGUACGAGGGCCGAGCCGUGGAUCUGAGGGCCUGCAUGUCUGACGAGGGCAGGGCCAUUAUUAAAGUGGAGAUGCAUGAUAAGAUGGGAAGAUGAGCGGUCUGCAGUCCUGUGAUAAUAACAUGUGCAAAAGCAAUGGAUUUGACUUGUCCUGAAGCAGAUACUGAUGAAGUCUUGUCACUUGCUUCAAAUGAAUAAUAAUAAAAAAAAUAAUGCAGGUAAACUUGGUCUUUCAUGUGU